AUGAAAUCAUCGCUUAUACACUCUAAUUCUACAGAAAAGUCAAAUAAAAAGCGAAAAAUAGCUUGGCUAGCUAAUAAGCACUUUCAAGAAUGCCCAAAGCAAGAGAGGCACUUAGAAAUGGGUCAAAGCAAAAUUAAACGACAAAUGACUUUUCCGCUGCAAACUCCGGCUUCAAGAAGUUUUUCAGUCCUCAAAAAAAGAGAAGAUUUAAAUUUCGUAAAAAAUGAAACUAAAUCAAUCGAGCCACAAAAACUCCCAAAAAUCUCAAGCCGCUCUCCAGAGCCAUUUUCUCCAAAGCAAAUUCAAAUUUCUCUUUCAACAGAUUCCUUUGAAUCAGACUUUCAAAAAUUAGAACUUCUCACAAGCAAAAACGACUUCGCAAGGCACAACUUAUUAUCCAUCCAGCAGCAAAUCAUGGAAUUAGGUGUUACACAAAUAAUCAAGGAAAGGUUUCCAGGCAUAAAAGAAGACCAAAGCUACUUAAAAAUUGAGGAAAACAUUCCCCAUAGCAUUUAUGAUAACAAAGGCAUCCACUUUAUUUCCCCAAAAAAAGAACUAUUCCCAGUUAGGAGAGCUUUUAAACUUCCUCCAAUAUGCUAA